UGACCGGUCUGCUCAGCACGGUCUCGGACACAGCGGACGCCAGGCACGGAGCAGCGGGUGUCAUCCAGGUCUCAAUAUGUUACCUGUGCCGUAUAUAUUUAGAAGAACCUGGGCAAUUUUCCUGAUUUUCCAUUCACAACUGAUCUGUAUUAGGGGAGAUUGUGGGCCGCCUCCAGUUAUUGAGCACACACAGCCAGUUGCAGAGACAUCCGGAGUCCCAGGUGCCACUGUUGCUUAUAAGUGUGACCGUAGCACUGGGUAUUACGAGAUUCCUAAUGAGACUAGAACCAUUACCUGUCAAGAUGAUGGCACGUGGUCAUUAGUGUCUACGUUCUGUACAAGAGCCUGUGGUGUUCCUAACAGACUCCAGUAUGCAGUGCCAAGGGACAGCGAUCUUGAAAAAGAUAUCUUUUCUCCUGGUACAAUCGUGAGAUAUGAUUGUAGAGAUGGUUAUAGGCGUGUUUCUCAGACAAUCAAUUCUGUUACCUGCCUUGCUAACUAUACAUGGUCUGAGCCAAGUGUAUUCUGCGAGCGCAGAUCAUGUGGGAAUCCUGGAGAUAUAGAAAAUGGAAACUUCGAGGCAACAGAUGGGUUUUUGUUCGCUUCCAGAGUGAUAUACAAAUGUCAUACAGGUUAUCAAAUGUUAAGCAGAAGGAAUUAUCGAGAUUGCCAAGCAGAUGGAACAUGGAGCAAUGUUCCCCCUCAAUGUGAAGCUGUUAUCUGCGCACCACCAGAGAGCCCAGCUGAUGGAACGUUUUACCCCACGAAGGACGAAUACACUUUCUUAGAUACGGUGACCUUUACAUGCAAUAAAGGUUUACAUAUCGAUGGUGAAGCUACUGCAUCAUGCACUAGUGAUGGAACAUGGAGUACCACCCCACCAAAUUGCAAAGUUCCUUGCAAAGUUCCAAGUGUUGCAAAUUCCCGGCCUAUUGUGGGCUUGAAAAGAGUGUAUGUAGAGGGUGAUGCUGUGAGGUUCGAGUGUGAGGCAGGCUUUGUUUUGAAUGGUUCACCUUUAAUCACCUGCAGCAGUCGAGGUCAGUGGGAGCCUUCUCCACCGAAAUGCAACGCCAUAUCAUGUGGUAACCCAGGAGCUAUAGAUCACGGACAGAUGCAAUCUGAAAACUUCCUGUUUGGUUCAAUAGUCACCUACAUUUGUAAUCCAGGAUAUUUCAUGGUGUCAAAAGGAAAUUACAGAAAAUGUCAAGCAGAUGGUAAUUGGAGUGGCAAACCCCCUGUAUGCAAAGAAUCUGUGUGUGAACAAAUCUGGGAAUUAAAAGAAGAAGCUCGGAAAUGCACUUCAACUCCAGAUGAAUGGAUUAAGUACCUACAAGUACAGUACAUCUACUUUCAAAUAGAGAACAUGAAGCUGGAAAUUGAAAUAAAGAAGAGGCAGCUGGGUGCUUUGUCUGAAACUAGUCCCAUUUUAGAUGAGAUAACCCAAUAAAACAAAAAAGGCUAAGAAAUUAAUUUAUGCUACCAUUGUUUUAAUGCCUAAAUGCUAUAAGAGAACAGUAAACCUAAUUAGCUUUGCAGUACUAUGUAAACCUACUUUCUAAAAAAAAAAAAUAUAUAUAUAUAUAUAUAUAUACUAGCAGAAGGACCCAGCUUUGCACGAGUAUAUCCAUUUCAUUUAAUGUUUGUGUAUGUCGUAAAAAAAAAUCAAC